UGGUCUUUCUCUGCCUCUGUGGUGGAUAGUGGAGUGUUUCCCAUGUGGUAUUAGUGUGCUGGAUAUCCCUUCACUGGUAGCCUGGUAACAUACACUCCCAGGUCUUUCUCUGCCUCUGUGGUGGAUAGUGGAGUGUUUCCCAUGUGGUAUUGGUGUGCUGGAUAUCCCUUCACUGGUAGCCUGGUAACAUACACUCCCAGGUCUUUCUCUGCCUCUGUGGUGGAUAGUGGAGUGUUUCCCAUGUGGUAUUGGUGUGCUGGAUAUCCCUUCACUGGUAGCCUGGUAACAUACACUCCCAGGUCUUUCUCUGCCUCUGUGGUGGAUAGUGGAGUGUUUCCCAUGUGGUAUUGGUGUGCUGGAUAUCCCUUCACUGGUAGCCUGGUAACAUACACUCCCAGGUCUUUCUCUGCCUCUGUGGUGGAUAGUGGAGUGUUUCCCAUGUGGUAUUGGUGUGCUGGAUAUCCCUUCACUGGUAGCCUGGUAACAUACACUCCCAGGUCUUUCUCUGCCUCUGUGGUGGAUAGUGGAGUGUUUCCCAUGUGGUAUUGGUGUGCUGGAUAUCCCUUCACUGGUACCCUGGUAACAUACACUCCCAGGUCUUUCUCUGUGGUGGAUAGUGGAGUGUUUCCCAUGUGGUAUUGGUGUGCUGGAUAUCCCUUCACUGGUAGCCUGGUCACAUACACUCCCAGGUCUUUCUCUGCCUCUGUGGUGGAUAGUGGAGUGUUUCCCAUGUGGUAUUGGUGUGCUGGAUAUCCCUUCACUGGUAGCCUGGUAACAUACACUCCCAGGUCUUUCUCUGCCUCUGUGGUGGAUAGUGGAGUGUUUCCCAUGUGGUAUUGGUGUGCUGGAUAUCCCUUCACUGGUAGCCUGGUAACAUACACUCCCAGGUCUUUCUCUGCCUCUGUGGUGGAUAGUGGAGUGUUUCCCAUGUGGUAUUGGUGUGCUGGAUAUCCCUUCACUGGUAGCCUGGUAACAUACACUCCCAGGUCUUUCUCUGCCUCUGUGGUGGAUAGUGGAGUGUUUCCCAUGUGGUAUUGUGUGCUGGAUAUCCCUUCACUGGUAGCCUGGUAA